UAUACGUGUUAUGUAUUGACUUGGAAGUGUUGUUUCUCGUUUGCAUAUUGCAUUGUUUGGUAUGCUCUACUUUUUGUUGCCCUUCUCCGUGCGGUGUGGAGGUGUGAUUGGUCAGCGGAUGAAUAUCAUUGUGAUGAGGCUUGUUCAGGAAAUAAAAACACGCUAACAAAAGUAACGUGAAUCUGUGCUCUUUACAAAGGUUAUGUAAGAGAAUAAACAUAACAAAAUUGGCGACGAGACUUAAAAAGGACCCUACAAAUGCGGAGGUGGACCGGACACAAGUGAAUAGUGCUUCAUGGACUUGGUUGUGUGGACGUAAGUUUCGUCUGCUCGCCCCGAAUUCUGCUCUGAUCAAGCAAGCCGGAGGUGAGGACGGGUGUCGCUCAGGACCAAGGUAAAAGUGAACGGACGCCAAGAAAAGUGAAAAAAAAAUAAUAAAAUGUCCGGAAUCUUGGGAAAUAUGGACAUAUUUGACAGUUCGGUAGAAGACUGGACAACUUAUGUGGAAAGAGUUGAGCAGUACUGCCUAGCUAAUGAGAUACAGGACGAAAGAAAAGUAGCUGUCCUACUCAGUGUCAUGGGCGCCAAAAUGUAUAACUUACUCCGCAGCCUGGUCGCCCCAGCUAAACCGGCAGACAAAACAUUUGAUGAAAUAAUGCAGAUAAUGAAAAGUCAUCUAAACCCAGCUCCAUUGGUGAUUGCUGAGCGCUUUAGAUUUCACAAGAGAAACCAGUCAAGGACGGAGACGGUGUCAGAGUACAUCGCAGAACUGAGGAAACUGGCCGAACACUGUCAGUUCAGAGACGGACUUUCAGAUGCUCUGAGGGACAGGUUCGUGUGCGGGCUGCACAACGAGAGCAUUCAGAAACGGCUUUUGACGGAGGACAAACUCACCUUGCAACGAGCAGUGGAAAUAGCUGUUUCAGCGGAGACAGCAGCAAGGGAUGCGACGGAGCUUCAAGUCCAAAGAAAGGUGUUCCUGCUAUGGCUGCCGCUCGUUUACAACGUUGGGCUCUCUUUCUUGGAGCACACACCUAUACCAUAGACUAUAAAGGGACGAAACUACACGGAAAUGCAGAUGGUCUCUCUCGCCUUCCUCAACCACUGACAGAGAAGGCUACUGAUCCUGCUUUAAAUCUUCACAUGCUGCAAAUGGAACCACUUCCGGUGACUUGCGCUCAAAUAAGCAAAGAAACAAGAAACGACCCUCUGCUAUCUCGAGUGUAUGACUUAACUGUUAAUGGCUGGCCAAUGCAUGCAGAUACUGAACUUAAGGACUAUUUCACCAGAAAAGACCAACUUACUGUGUCCCAAGGAUGUGUCCUGUGGGGGUCACGCGUUGUUGUACCUCCCAAACUGCGAUCCAAAGUUCUAAACUCGCUGCAUGAUGGGCACAUGGGGGUAGUUAAGAUGAAGAGUCUUGCUAGAAGUUAUGUGUGGUGGCCUGGCCUUGACAACCAAAUUGAAACUCUGGUCAAAACAUGCAGAGGAUGUCACCAGACUCAGCGCUCACCUCAGAUUGCCCCUGUCCACACUUGGGAAUGGCCUGUUGCCCCAUGGCAACGCGUUCACAUUGACUAUGCUGGACCUUUCAUGGAUCACAUGUUCCUUAUUGUGGUCGACGCUCAUUCGAAAUGGCCCGAGGUUUUCACUGUAAAGAAAGCAACUACAACUGUAACAGUGAACCAGUUACAGAUGCUUUUUGCACGUACAGGAUACCCUCUUCAGCUUGUAAGUGACAAUGGUACCCAGUUUACUAGUGAGGAGUUUCAGAUCUUCCUGAAAAGCAACGGAAUAAAACACCUUACUUCUGCUCCUCACCACCCUGCGACGAAUGGACUUGCUGAACGUUUUGUACAAACUUUCAAACAGUCGAUGAAAGCCAGUAGGAGGGAGGAAGUUCCACUACAGCAGAAAAUCGCCAACUUUCUGCUAGCCUACAGAAACACUCCACAUACUACUACUGGACAGUCACCUGCAAUGUUGUUCAUGGGAAGAAACCUAAGAUCUCGUUUAGAUCUCCUGAAACCGGACAUCCGAGAACAUGUUUCAAACAGACAAUGUUCACCAACUCAAUUACAAAGGAAACUAAGAUCAUUUGACAUCGGACAAAAAGUAUUGGCAAGAGACUAUCGUAACCAAGGCGACAAAUGGCAACAUGCGGAAAUUUUGACACAAACUGGACCACUCUCAUAUACAGUGAGUGUUGAGCCUAAUGUCGUCUGGCGCAGACAUGUUGAUCAACUUUUGGACGCAUCACCUGGAAAUGCCGCUACUCAAACUACCACACCUACUGUCCCACAAAACCCUAAGGACAGUACACCAGCCUCUGACAUCACCCCUGAGGAAAACAUGUCCACACCGGAGAUAAUGGACAUACACAAACCAAUGACAAACCUACCUGAUCCUCCUGGACGCAGAUAUCCUGAGAGGGUUCGCAAACCACCAGACAGACUUGAUUUAUAAAUGUUGAAAGGAAACAAAUGUUCUUUAAAAGAAAAAAAAAAAAAAAGUUGUUAAUAUUUGAUGUUGAAAAUUGUUGUGAAUUUUGAAAUGCCUCUAAAAAGAAAAGUAUACACUUAAUAGCACAUAGAAACAUAGUACUUAUAUUUUUUUUAUUUGAUGAUUAUUGGUGCAUCAAAGCUGGAAGAGAGGAAUUGUUAUGUAUUGACUUGGAAGUGUUGUUUCUCGUUUGCAUAUUGCAUUGUUUGGUAUGCUCUACUUUUUGUUGCCCUUCUCCGUGCGGUGUGGAGGUGUGAUUGGUCAGCGGAUGAAUAUCAUUGUGAUGAGGCUUGUUCAGGAAAUAAAAACACGCUAACAAAA